UGGCAGAGAGUAAGAAGAGUAAGAACGUAGAAGAAGAAGUAAACCCGCGAUAGUAGAGAAGGACCAUGUAAUGUUAUACCAAAUUCAUAAUUGUGGGAUUUUACUGACAUUCAAAGUGAAACUUUCAGACUUGGCUGAACAAAAUAACAUGUCACUGUGGCGAACAUGAAUGUUUGCGUUAUCAAAGGUAUAAUGUAUCUCUUAGAUUAGCUAGUAAGUUAAUUUUGUCGGGGAAAAGUGCCUAAAAAUGGAAGAAACCGUGAUGGAGUCGGAAUCAGUUGAUCUGGCGGGGUCUACUUCACAUCAUCAAGUUGCUGAGGCUUGGGAGAAUGUCACUACAGCUUUGGUAAGUAAGCUAUUUAUUAUCAUGUUCUGAAACUCCACAGGAAGAUAUCAGGGACUUGUCCGGCAAAAUUUUAUACCUCAAAAUUGAGCUUUUUGGCACUUUUUUGCCAUGUUUUAUUCUCAAAAGACAUAACUCAGAGAUGAUUAUUGGCAGAAAAGAUGUUCGGCCGAAUUCGGCGCAUGGCAAACCUGUUUUUUCGUCAUUGUGAAUAAGAAACCAACGCAGCAUAACGAGGAUGAUUCCGAGCUAUUACAGUAUAGCACAGCUUUAAAAAUCGACCUGUCUGUGAAUGGAGUUUGGUCUGAUAACCUCUGGGCUUAACAACAUGGGAAGAAUAACCUGAAACGAGCAUCCAAGCCCGAUAUUUUCCAUCUCUUACACCUUGUUUCUUCAUGCUCUGUUCUUCAGGUGUCCCCUGGCUGCUUGAUGACAGAGCAGAGCCUCUCAGAGUCCCUGACCCUGCUGUCUGACCAGGGUCUAGACCGGCUGCUUGGAAGCUGGUUGCUGGAGACUUUGCAGAUGCGUCUGUCCUCCUGUGUGGUUCCUGAGUUCUGGUCUGGACUCAAACAGCCGGAGAAUGAGCUGGACGAGAGAGGCAGGGCCUGGGUUCUCCUCACUGCCUUUCGGACUCUGUUAGGGCAGCUUGAACCUUUCCUGUGUAAGAAAAUAAGCUCACCAAGUUCAGUCCUGAUUGUUGGCUUUCUUUUUUUGUAGAAGUAUUUUUAUUUAAGCGGCCUCUUCUCCCGCUUUAUAGGUGGUUUGGAGAUGCUGGGGAGAUGGCAGGAUGAGGGCCGUGGCAGUCUCUGUGGUGCAGGGUCUAAAGGCCUCCAGGAGCGAGCCUUCACCAUCAUCAGAGCUCUCCUCCUUUUCUCCCCUUCCCCCGUCCUUCAGGAGCGAGUGCUGGAGUUUUACAGCAGGACCUUCACCGUCUACAUGAACCAAGAGGGAGAGGCUGAGGACGUGGCUGAGGUCUCAGAGGGUCCUGAAGGUGGAGGGUUCUGCCGGGGCUGUGGGAUCCCGACACAUCAGUGCUGGUGUCAGGAGGCUCUGAAGCAGCUGCAGGAGCUCAGCCACAUACUGUGAGCAAAAUUACUGUUAUGUGCUGUGGUUAAUGAGCUGAGGGUCAUUUGAAUACUGAGAUGUACUUUUUGUGAGGUUCUAGUCUUACACUGUCAGGUCUGCCACUUAUUACAACACUACCAACUAUACAACAAAAAAGCUGGCAUUAAGCAUUGAUUUGAAAAUAUUAAUUCAUGCAUCACAAAGAAUAUUCUUUCACUUCAAACACUUAUCAUGGUACUGCUUAUUGGCAGACUUGUGGUCAAAUAAACAUUAAACUGAGCAUUUUCAUCCAAAGUAAGUUCAACUCUUGCGGUUUGAGUUUUUAAUACAGUUGUGUUACUUUUAAGAAAGCUGCUUGGUAUUUUGAAAUAGUCUUCAAAUACACUGAAGGCACAAAAUGACACAAACUGACCACUAAUUUCAACCUGCAGAUGACAUUUUAAACUGGAAUAAUUCUGCCUGUGAAGUAAAAGAAAACCUGAAUGAAACCAAGCAAAAGGUCCUGAAACAGAAUCUGACAUAUUCCUUGAUGGCUGAAACCAGAUUUGACGAUCCGACAGACUAAAAUAUGGAUCUUGAAGGACUCAAGAUGUGGAAAGAGUGUGUAUUUUAUGAGCUCCAUCGACUGAAUCAAAACAAAAAUAUGUAACAAUGCACAGUGGAUAAGUGUGUUUCUGUUCGGCCACAGAUCCAGACUUCAGCUGCUGGAGUGGGUCAGCUCUGAGUCCGUCACCUCCAUCCUCCACAAGCUCAUCGAGCAGCGGAUGGAGCAGCACUGCCGGGGCGAGUACGAGCGCUCCUUCCUGUUAGAGUUCCAGGAGGUAAAACAUCAUCUGUGUCUGCAUUUUCACUAACUCAGAGGAGGUUUUUCUGGAUGAGCCCUCUAACUUUAAACUUGUCUCCCGUGAGCAGUGGCUGGAGCUGGUGCUGGGCUGGCUUAGCAAAGUGUUUGCCAGCGAAGCAGAGAAAGAUGGUCCGACCUUGACUCCUGGUGCCCCUGGUGCUCAGGCUGGCCCCCCUGCCAGCUCGGUCCUGAAACAGUGGAGGUGCCACAUGCACCAAUUCUUCUGCAGGAUCUACGUCAACAUGAGGAUAGAGGAGCUCUUCAGUAUCAUAAGAGGUGAGAGGGGAUCUGGAUUUGAAGUCUGAUUUUCUUUUGUUGUUGCAAAGAUGAGGGCUCAGAUUAUGUUUUUAUGAUACAUUUAGAUGCAAAGGUUAAUAGAAACAAUGCUCCGACUUUCUUGGACUAAUUUUCAUUUUUUAAAUACCCUUCUCAGAUUUCCCAGAAUCCAAAGCAGCCAUAGAAGACCUCAAGUUUUGUCUGGAAAGAACCAACCAGAGACAGCAGCUCCUCACCUCACUGAAGUCUGCUUUUGAGAGCCGUCUGCUUCACCCAGGUCAGACCUCUGCUGGUGCCAGUUUUUCAAAGUGUUUAAAGGCUUUCUGCAGGUCCUUCAAAAAAUCACAUCUGAUUUAUCUCUAUGUUUUCUAGUGUCGCAAGUAAAAUUUGUCAGAAACUAAUAUAGAUUAUAAAGUCACUUUGAUAGGCGUGUUUUCUGUAAUUUUGGUUGCAGUCACAAAAAAAAGAAAGACAUAAAUAAUGAAUUUUGAACAGACCUCCUGAAAAAAUGCUCUAUUCAAACAAACAGUCAUAAAAAGUGUCACUUUUUAUAAAACAUGUUUUUCCAAAAAGGAUCUAAAGUAACCCCGGAUUAUUUAGUAACAUUUUACCCUGACACAACGCUUUCUACAUUUUUAUUUCGCUAACCUGUGUUUUUCUUUUUUCUUUUCAGGGGUUCACACGUCUGACAUCCUCACCGUUUACAUCUCUGCCAUCAAAGCGCUCCGAGAGCUCGACCCGUCCAUGGUCAUCCUGCAGGUCGCCUGCCAGCCGAUCCGCAAAUACCUCAGGUGAGUUAAUUUAUCCUUAAACAGAUGUUAUAAAGAAGAAUGUUGGAAACGUAAUGAAAACUGUCUGGAUGGUUGUAAUCUUAACGACUACUUAUGUAAUCUGACUUGAAAUGAAACUGUAGAAGGCUUCUGAUUAAAUAUGAAAGUUAAAGUAUUCAGAGAAAUCUUGAAAUACAUUCUGACACGUUAAACUAUUAAGAAUAUUAAAUAAAAGGCAUACGACUUUAACUAUAAUUAAACUAACAGAGCAGGAAAAAAUGAUUUUUUUUAAAGAAGCAGCGUUUUUAGUCAUGCUUUAUUUAAUAUCUGUGGUGCGUUCAAGGACUCGGGAGGACACUGUGAGACAGAUCGUAGCCGGUCUGACCGGAGAUGCUGAGGGCUGCACAGAUUUGGCCUCGGAGCUUUCCAGAGGAGACCCUGUGACUCUGGAGAUGCAGGAUAGCGACGAAGAAGGCAAUGACCCCAAGGACUGGACUCCAGACCCGACCGACGCUGUCCCCGGUCAGUAAACACAUCAUUAGCUGCUCCUGCUGCUUUUUGCUGUUUGACUUUACUGACAGUGGGUUGGGUUUUGCAGAUAAGAUGGGCUCCAAACGGCGCUCCUCUGACAUCAUCAGCCUGCUGGUCAGUAUCUACGGCAGUAAAGGAAUCUUCAUCGACGAGUACAGAGCCGUGCUGGCCGACCGGCUGCUGCACCAGCUCAACUACAACACUGCCAGGUACAUCUGAACACACACGCUGUGACUGAAGGAUCAGGUUUUACCGUCUUUUACAGCCAAUAAUCAAAUAGUUAUGAAAUCAACUAAAGAACAUAAAAGAAAGAUUUUCAGAUAAGUUCAAGACAGAAGAGGUGUAUUGAAUAGUUUUAUUGAUCUAGUCAGGGUCAGCUCUUUAAAUCUGAAGGACUGGAGAGCAGCAGAAAUCACUAAAUGCAAAAUUACAUUCUAUCAUACACUCUUUCAUAGUUGCUCAUCAUUGUAAAUAUGUCAUUUUCUAACAUUUUUCCAAUAUUUUGUCCUUUUUGGUUUGUUUUCAGGGAAAUUCGUAACGUGGAGCUGCUGAAGCUUCGGUUCGGAGAGUCUCACAUGCAUUACUGCGAGGUCAUGCUGAAGGUAAACGCUCACUGACAUGUUUUAGUCUCUGUGGUUUUACAUGCAGGGUUAAGAUGACCCCAACCAUCAUUAAAAACAUGCAUUAACUAUUCAUAAGGUCAAAUUUCAAAGUUUAAGGUUUCAUUCAUUCAUCUCUCUGCCUGUUUCCAACAUGGCGGUAGUAAAGAUUUUACAGGCACAACAUUUCUCGAUAAGCAAAAAACAGAACAACUUUUAAAAAAUGAUAAAGAUAAGGCUUUGUCUCACGUCUCUGUCUUCUGUCUCUGUUCCAGGACAUGGCGGAUUCUCGGAGGAUCAACAGUAACAUCCGUGAGGAGGAGUCCAGGCUGAGCGAGGAGGAGCAGCCGCCGCUGUCCCUGUCCGCCAUCAUCCUGUCCUCGGAGUUCUGGCCGCCACUAAAGGAGGACAAGCUGGAGCUCCCCCCGAUCAUCUGCCAGAGCAUGGAGGCAUACACACACCGCUAUGAGAAACUCAAGGUGGAGUUCACCAAGAUUUCACUUCUUUUUACGUUCUGACUUUCAACCACCUCUAAAACAGUCUGUUUGGAAACUUUGCACAAGUCUUUUUUAACAACCUGAAGUCGUUCAAGGAAAGUUUGACAGCUCAGGUUUUAGAGUUUGCAGCUAAAUUCCCACAUUUUUCACACAACAAAAAAACGUUCAACAAAAAAGCUUGAGUCCGUAUAAAUACUGUAAAAACAGCACUAUGAAAUAUUUUUCUUCUCAGUUGAAAUUGCAGGUUCUUUUCUUUUCUAUCUCGUUGUGUAAUCAGUUUGCUUGUUUGUUUGUGUUAUUUUCAGUUUCUGGGUUGAGACUUUUUCGCAGUUCUUGCCAAACUUGAGCCACACGUGUCUCCCUAAAGAGCCAAAACGCUGUUGCAGCGCCGAGGAGAGAAUUUUCAUGGCAUGAAGUGAAGCAGUUUCUCUGUGUUUCAGGCUAUGAGGACGCUGAGCUGGAAGCCUCACCUGGGCUCCGUCACUCUGGAUGUGGAGCUGGAGGACCGCACUCUCACAAACCUCACCGUCUCCCCCAUCCACGCCGCCAUCAUCCUGCACUUCCAGGACAAAAGUACGGCUUGUCAUUUCUAACUUGUGCCAUUUUUGGUUUUUCCUGGUAUUAGAAAAAAAAUCAGUGGGAUCUUCUGAAUAUAUGCAAAUAUCUCUUUGACCUGCUAAAAGCUGAUUCAAAAUGAAGUUGGACUGUCACUCAUAGAUUUAUUUGUGCUCCUAAAUCCAAAAUGCAAGUAAAAAAAUGAGUUUACAUCUAAAUUUUGCAGCAUAAAUUUGCAAGAAAAUAUAGAAAAUGGAUGAUUCUUGGUGUCUUAUCAGGAGGUCUCAUGUUGUUGUCUUGUCGGGGAUGAUGGUUUCUCCUGCUGCAGCACCAGAAAUGAGAUUUUCAUCUUACUAACAGGCAUUUAUAAGCUUUGACCGUACUUAUGUUUGGAGAAAGAACACCAGGCACAAACUUACUUCUUAUAAUUUGUAAAUUUAAGUUAAAAUCAGCAAACUGGGGAAUAUUUUAGCAGAUGAGGAUUUUUUUCCCUGCAUGUCUGGGGUGGCUAGAUCAGCUGUUUGUCCUUUGUCAGGUUCGUGGACUCUGGAGGAGCUGAGCACAAAGCUCGGCGCCCCGAAGGAGCUGGUGCACAGGAAGUUGGCUCUGUGGCAGCAGCAUGGCGUUCUGAGGGAGGAGGCCGGGGGGCGCUACUAUGUGGUGGAGACGGGCUCGUCCAAAGAGAAGAUGGAGAGAGGUGUGAUGCUGAUCGACAGCGACGAGGAGAGAGACUCCAAUACCACAACCCAGUCUGAGCAGAGGGAGGAGAAGCUGCAGGUACUGAAACUACUUAUUGUAUUCAAUGCAGCCCAAUGUUUUCUCAAGCCCGGGUCAAAGCCUUGAUCAGUGAUACAAUGAAAAUACAAAUUUAAAAAAGCUUACGUCGAGGAAACAGGAUGUGAAAUUUACGAAGCUGUCUGAAAACUCUGUCUGUCUGUCUGUUUCUGCAGCUGUUCUGGGCCUACAUUCAGGCCAUGCUGACCAACCUGGACAGUAUGACGCUAGACCGCAUCCACUCUAUGCUCCGGAUGUUCGUCGCCACGGGACCUGUCGUCACGGAGAUGGACAUCAAUGAGCUGGAGGCCUUUUUGCAGAGAAAAGUCAUGGAGCAUCAGCUGCUCGCCUCCUCAGGCGUCUACAGACUCCCUAAAUCCACCUGAUGGACGAGAAGGAUGAACCUGGUGGACGGAGUGAUGCUGCAUUCAAGUGCUGUGGAAAAAAAAGAGGAAUAUGUACUUCUCCCUGAGGGUUUUUGGAAGGAAAACUGCUAAUAUUUCCACCAUGAGUCAUCUUGUCUGUCUUUCAGAUGGUCAUGAGAAUGUCGCAGCUGAAAGACGGGAUUUGUUCUUCAGUUUAGUGGGAAUCCUGCAGAACUUGAACUGUCGUGACAUGUGAAUGCAGCACAGUUAGACGAGGACUGUACCUGUGAAGGGUCUUUCGAGUAAAAGCACUCUCCCCUUCCUUAGCAUCCAUAAAAACACUCGAUGCUGAAGCUUGGAAUAAAGCAGUGAAGUUGGUUGAAAACUAAUAACUGUGUUGGUUAAUAAAAGCUCUUUCAAGUCUUGUGAUUGAGGUGAAUUAGUCAAAUGCAUGUUACAUAUCUGCAGAGAAACUUUCACAGAAGCAUGUAACAUGUUUGCAGCAGAGAGGUUUACCUGCUCAUUUUCAGACUGCAGAUUUUUGAACAUUUCACAGCCAUGUGAAACACAAACACUUUUCCACGAGCACAAUCUUUACAGCCUUCUGCCCUGAAAACGUUGAGCUGUAUUAUUUUUGGACUUUAUUCAAAGAAUAAUGUAGUUGAUAAAACAGACUGGGAAGAGAGGGUGUGGUUUAAAUCUCUAACAUGAACCACUGCAGCCUUUAAUUUAUCUGCUGAGCCUAACCAGUGCAGCAAAGGUACUUGGCAGCAUUUGACAAAUUUGCAUCAUAAACAGCUGCAUUUUUAGACUUUAGAGACAUGUAAAGAUUUUGUUUAGCCCUGUCAAUUUCUAUCCAGCGGGAGAGAAACAACUGUUGUAGAAUUCACAAGUGAGAUUCUGGUUUUUGCUGUGAAAUCAGAGAUUAAAAAGGUCCCUCUAAUUCUCAUUGUUCGAUAUGCAGCUUUUCAGUUGAUUUAAAUUAACAGUAUAAAGAAAUUGAUCACUAAAGUUGGGGGUCAAAAGAGUGCUGUAGCUAAUGAAGUUUGAGGGUUAUUUGACUUUUCUCACAAGAUCAAAUACAAAUUUUGAAAUAUUUUUUUACUUCAAUUUGAUCAAAUAUGUCCAAUACGGUGUUUCUACAAAUAUGUAUUGCCACUCCUGCUGCAGCAAAUAAACAUUAAUACUUUGUUUUCUUUAA